AUGCAAAACAUUAUUCUCGCCGCGCCACUUGCCCGCCGCUUUGCCACUGGCUAUCAACUGCUAACUAAUACUUGUGUAGCGAGCAGCUCGUUCCAAAAAUACAAAGUAAAGUCGGAUAUGGCGAAACUAUUUAUCGGCGGAUUGGCUUGGCACACAGAGGAGACUACCCUCCGCCAAAAAUUCGAGGAGUAUGGCGCUGUCGAAGAAGCGGUGGUUGUAAAAGAUCGAGACACUGGUCGCAGUCGAGGCUUUGGCUUCGUCCGGUACACAAAUGACGCCGAUGCCCAGAAGGCGAUCACGGCGAUGAACAACAUUGAGUUUGACGGACGGACUAUCCGCGUCGACCGAGCAUCAGACACUGGUCCGAGAGGAGGCUUCCCCGGACGCGGUGGUCCCGUUGGUUACGGCCCGAGGGGAGGCUAUGGCGGACCCCAACAUAUGCAGGGUGUCCCAUAUGGCGUCCCGCCGCAGGGCUACGCAAUGUCAGGACCACCCAUGUACGGCCAGUCGUAUGGUCGCGGUGGCUACCCUCCCCAGGGUCAGUAUGGUGGACAGCCAGCUCCAGAGAUGGAUUGGCACACGAUUGACGAGGGCAAUGGAAACAGCCUAUGUGGUUGCGAGAAAAGCGUUGUACUAACGGGUGUAUUCAUAGGUUGGGGACAACCGAUGUACGGCUACCCUGACAUGCAGCAGCAAGCCCCUCAGGGGCAACAGGCACCUCAGCAGCCUUCGCAACAACCGCCGCAAGGUGGCCAAGGUUACUAA